AUGGCUGGCGCCAUCGCGGUCCUCGGGGUCUUCGUGCCCCUGGUCUGCUCACUGAAGACGUGUUUUGCGAGAGUGUUUCGGGCGAUGCCAAUGCUGAUCGCGUCGAGGGUGCUCUUCCUGGCGACGGUCGCUGUGAAGGGGGCGGCUAGACAGCCGACUGUACCAAGCAGCCGAAGCCCGCGUGCUCUGACCCGACUCGCGACCUGGCGGAGACGAGCGCCAUCCGCAUACGUCUUCGUGCGCCGCCGCGUCACGCUGAGAGCGGUCGAGGCGGCUUGGAGGCAGCAUGUGCAGGAGGUGGAGGCCCAGGCGGCCAUCUGGAGGCGUGAUGGGGCAUUCCAGGCCCCUUAUCCGCAGACGCGCGGGUUUGGACAAGGCAUGUGCAGGUGGGCCUCGCCGUGCCGAUGA